AUGAAUGCAGCUGAAAUAUUUGAUGUAGUAACAGGAAAAUCAAAGAAACCAAUUUUAGCAAAGAUCGGUAAUGAAACUGAAGAUGAAGCGAGAAAAAGGCAUAGCGUUGAUUUUUCAAUAUGGAAAAGGGCAGAUAAUAAGGCUCAAAAAUAUAUCGUCACGUCGUUAGAUGAACAACCUCUACAAUACAUUAUGAACUGUGACACAGCAAAUGGUAUGUGGAACAAAUUACUUAGUGUGUACGAACAGAUGUCGGACACAAGCAUAACAAUAGUACAACAAAAGUUCUAUCGUUAUACAAUGGAUCCAAAAGACAAUAUAGCAGGUCAUAUUUCAAAAUUAGAAAAUCUAAGUAGACAACUAAAACAAUUGGGAGAACCUAUCUCAGAAUCAAUGUUGAUUACAAAAAUUUUGAUGACAUUACCUGAUAGCUAUAGGCACUUCUACAGUGCAUGGGACUCAAUGAAUAGUGCAAAUAGAACGCUAGAACAGUUAACCACUCGAUUGAUGGUGGAAGAAACACGACAAGUGCAAGGACAGGAGGUCCGUGAUGAUGUUGCUGAAAGUAGUGCUUUGACUGCAACCAAAGGCAAGUAUAAUAAAAGUCAAAAAUACGUGAACAAAAAUGAUAAUACAAAACCAGGAAAAUGCAAUCACUGUAAAAAACCAGGACAUUGGAAAAGGGACUGCAGGAUAUUCAAAAAGGAACAAGAAGAAAAGAAAUCAACUUCCGGUUUGGCGCUUAUUGGUGUACAAAGAAAAAAUGAAGAAAUCGACGACUCGGACAAAUGGUAUGUAGACUCAGGGGCGAGCGACCACAUGACAAAUCGAAAAGAGUGGUUCGUCGAUUAUAAACAUUUUGAUGUGCAUUCGCUUGUACGUAUUGGAGAUGGUAAGCACAUUAUGGCAGUCGGAAAAGGUAACAUAAAUAUUCAUACUUAUGUUGACAAUAAGUGGAUAAAAGGCUACUUAGAAAAUGUUUUAUAUGUACCUGAUCUAAAGGUAAAUUUAUUUUCUUGUGGGGCAUGCCUUGAUAAAGGAAUUACAAUGGUGACAGACAGUAAAGGUUGCUCAUUUAAAAUUAAUAAUCGUGUAAUUGCAGUCGGUGUUCGUGAGAAUAAAUUGUUUACAAUGCUAAUCAAAACAGAUAUUUCACAGGAAAUUGGACACUGUGCUAACGUUGCAGUUAAGAAAUUAACAUUAGAACACUGGCACAAAAUACUAUGUCAUCAGAAUGUCAAACAUGUUCGUGAGUAUUUAAAACACAAUGAAAUACAAUUUACAGAUAUACAAGGACAGUUAUUCUGUGAACCAUGCAUCUAUGGCAAACAGCAUAAGGAGACGUUCACUCAGAGCGAAACAAUAACUACUGAACCAGGGCAAAUAAUACACAGCGACGUAUGUGGACCCAUGGAAGAGAAUUCACUAGGAGGUAAAAGAUAUUUCAUUAUAUUUAAAGAUGAUUAUUCUAAAUAUACUUAUGUCUAUUUUAUGAAACAUAAAUCUGAGGUUAAAGAAAAACUUAAUUGUUUUCUGAGUAUGGUUAAAACUCAAACAAAAUACGUUAUUAAAACUAUUAGAAGUGACUGUGGAUUAGAGUAUAAGAAUUUCGAAGUUCAAUCAAUUCUAAAUCAUCUAGGUAUAAAGCAUGAAACAAGUGUACCUUAUACUCCUGAACAAAAUGGAAAAGCUGAACGUUCAAUGAGGACUAUUUGUGAGGCAGCCAGAACAAUGAUAUAUGCCAAGAAUUUUCCAAAAUCACUGUGGGCAGAAGCAGUCAAUACAGUAGUGUUCUCAUUAAAUUAUACUGGUAAUUCAGGGAAAGUAUGUAAAACUCCAUACGAGUUAUGGUUUGAUAAACUUCCUAAAAUAGAAAAGUUCGUAGAAUUUGGAAUAAAUGCAUAUAGUUUAGUUCCAAAACAACGACGAAAGAAGUGGGAUGCAAAAAGUCGAAAAGGAUACUUUGUUGGAUAUUCAGAAACUUCAAAAGGGUAUCGUAUUUGGUAUAAAGAAAAUAACGAGGUGUCACUUAGUAGAGACGUCAUUUUCAAGGAUGAAAAUGUUGUAAAUUACCAACUUGUAGAAUGUUCUAAUAACUUAAAUGAUAAUAAUAACAUUGAUGUUCUUAGCUUACACAAAGACGGCUCAUUAGAACACAGCAAUAAACCAGAAGGAGAUGAAGUCAUAGAAAAUGAAUAUGGACCAAUAAGUGUAGAUGACAAUGAAAAUCAAGAACUUGAACAAGGAAAUGGGUCAAAUGUCAACGUGUACAACUUGCGAGACAGAAGUAAUAUUAAGAAACCAUUACGUUAUGAUAAUUCAGCAUUUUUCGUAGUCGAAUCCGAUCCAGUGAAUUUCAAGGAAGCUGUGGAGUCACAAAAUUCAGAAAAAUGGGUGGAAGCCAUGAACAAUGAAAUGGAAUCUCUUGAACAAAACGGAACAUGUUCUAGACAAAAACUCAUGUUAAAGGGAUACAGUGAUGCUGACUAUGCAGGUGACUUGGAUACAAGAAGGUCAACAUCAGGGUCAGUAUUUACAUUAGGAUCUGGAAGUAUAGCAUGGAGUUCACGUCGUCAACAGUGUGUUAGCCUUAGCACAACUGAAUCAGAGUACAUAGCUUUAAGUCAAGCAGUACAAGAAUUAACUUGGUUAAAAUUGUUUUUAGGUGAAUUGCUGGACCAGCCAAAAAUGGUGCCAACAAUGUAUGGAGACAAUCAAAUUACAAUUUCAAAAGUAUUUGGAUUCGGACUCCCACUAUCAAAACAGUUUCAACAAAUUAAUAUUGAUUUAAAAUUGGCCAUGGAUUUAGCUCAAGAUACUUUGAUCGAGUUAGAAGAUUAUAGAAAUCACGCUCAGAAAAAUUUUGAAGUCAUUUUUUUAGCCGCCAAAAAAAUUGCUGACAAGUUCAAUGUGACAAUGACAAUUCCGAGAAUUAAUAAAAGACAAGUACAUAGAAUAAACGUACAAACUAAUAAUCCUGAAGAAUAUUUUCGCAUAUCGGUUUUUAUUCCAUACUUAGACUCUUUUAUAAGUCAAUUAAAAUCUAGAUUUCUUAAUCAUAUUGAUAUUUUGUCAAGUUUUCACUCUCUUUUCGACGAGAAUUCUACAAAAGAAGAAUUCAAAAAAUUAGCUGUAUUUUAUGAAGAAGAUUUAAAUGGUAAUAAUUCAAUAAUAGAAGAGUUCCAACUGUGGCAAAGGAAACUUAAAAAAUUGGAAAUAAAACCAAAAAAUUCAAUCGAUGCACUGAAGUUGUGUAAUGCAGACAUAUAUCCUGGAGUUAAUAAGUUAUUUCAAAUUUUUUCUACACUUCCUAUAUCUACGGCUUCAAACGAACGGAUUUUUUCAUCACUAAAACGAAUUAAAACAUAUCUACGAAAUACAAUAUCUGAGAAAAGACUUAACGGAUUGGCUAUGUUAAAUAUUCACAGGGAUGUUGAAAUCACUGUUGAUGAAGUGAUAGAGGACUUGGCAAAAAAAUCUAGACGACUGGAAUUUAUUUUAUAA